AUGGCGGGUUGGAAUAAGGUUGCCAUUGUGAAACAUGUUUGGUUCCUUUUUUCUAGUGGGGAAAAAUCUAUGUGGUGCCAGUGGGUCAAAUCUUAUCUUAUUAAGGGUAAGUGCUUUUGGAAAAUUAAAACACCUAGUGACCCUUCUUGGGUCUGGAGGAAAAUCCUCUCUCUUAGGUCUGUUAUUUACCCUCUUAUUAGACAUAGGAUUGGUAAUGGUCAGAAUACAUUUUUGUGGUAUGAUAACUGGCAUCAUUUAGGCCCUCAUUGGGAUAGAUAUGGUGAUAGAAUCAUAUAUGACUCUAGUUUAAAUGGGGAUUCCAAAUUUAGUCAGAUUAUUAUAGGGGGUUCUUGGAAAUGGCCUUUUCCUAACUCUUGGGAUCUUAGGGAACUAACUUCCCAAACCCCUAACAAUUGUCUUCCUAAUUCUUUGGCUGUGGACAAAGCAAUUUGGUUCUUAAACUCUGAUGGUGUUUUCACUAUUAAAUCUGCUUGGGAGUUGUGGAGAAACAAACAUGAUACUGUUCCUUGGUACAAUUUGGUCUGGGGCCAUUCCACAAGUCCUAAAGUCAGUUUCGUUGUUUGGAUGGCUAUCUAUGGUAGGUUGAACACAAGUGAUAGACUCCAAUUAUUUGGUAUUUCUUCUAGCUCAACCUGUCCUUUUUGCCUUGACUAUGAUGAAAGUCGUCCACAUCUAUUCUUUGAUUGCAACUUUACAUACAGAAUUUGGCAUGCAAUGCAAAGUAAAUGCAAUGUUCAAUGGCAAAAGGUCCCCUGGCCUGAGAUUGUUACAAUUGUCAACAGAGAGAGUAAAGGAAAGUCUAUGAAAUCAAUCAUCACUAGACUCUCCUUUCUUUGUACUGUGUAUUAUGUUUGGAUUGAAAGGAAUAAUAGAAUUUUUAACAAAGAAUUUAAACCUGUUGAGGUUAUCAUUAAAUCUAUUGUGCUAAUGGUUAGAAGUAGAAUGCUAUCUAUUAGCAACAUUCCUAUUGCAACAGGUGAUAAUUGGUUCCUCUCUCAAUGGAACCUUCCUAAAUCCAUCAUGAAGCCCCAUCCUUGCAGUGAUGGGAGGGCUGCUGAGUGA